AAUAAAAUAAAAUCUACAGGAGGGUUAUAAUACAUUGGUCAUUUCUCAUUUCCCAUUCGUCCCUACAGAGCUCCCUCUUUCAUUUUUUUGCUCUGAAAGACUCUCCAAAACUCCAAAAAAUACAGAGAGGGAGAGAGGGAGAGGGAGAUGGCUCAAGCCAUUUCUCAUAGGCUAUUUUUGUUUCUUUAUCUUCAAAAUCCAAUCUUGGAAUGAAAAAUCUCAACAUUGAAGGUUUAGAUAUAUUAGUACUUUUUUUUCCCUGCUGAAUAUGGCUUAUCAGUAUCAAAAUAAAGUAAAGUUCCCAUCUUUAUUAGAUGCUUUGUACUGUGAUGAAGAAGAAGAGCAGUAUUCCAUCUCUGAAGAUGAUGAUGAACAGAGUAGCCAAUGUGUGAAUGAGGGUGAUGAUGAAUCUGAUGAAUCUCCAUCAUUGCUGCUGCUGGAAGAAGAAGAAUGGUUGUGGGGUGAGGAAGAGUUGUGCAUCUUGUUUAAAAAGGAACAAGAUUAUGACUUUGGUAAUAACAAUGGGUUUUCCGGGUUGAAUUUGAAUCCAUCUCUUCUGGUGGUUGAGGCCAGAUGUAAUGCUGUGGGGUGGAUGCUGAAAGUUGUGGGUUUUUACUCCUUUUCUGCUAAAACUGCUCUUCUUGCUGUAAAUUUCUUGGAUCGGUUUCUGUUUAGCUCUCAAUCCCACAAUGAUGGCAGGCCAUGGAUGUUUCAACUUGCUGCUGUGGCUUGCCUUUCUCUUGCUGCCAAAGUUGAGGAGACUCAAGUUCCCCUUCUGUUGGACUUCCAAGUGGAAGAAUCGAAAUAUGUGUUCGAGGCAAAGACUAUACAGAGAAUGGAGAUGUUGGUUCUGUCAACUCUUCAAUGGAAAAUGAACCCUGUGACCCCACUUUCGUUUCUUGAGUUUAUGAUGAGGAGAUUAAGAUUAAAGAAUCACAUGUAUUGGGAAUUCCUUCGAAGAUGCGAGUGUCUUCUGCUUUUCAUCAUUUCCGAUUGCAGAUUCUUGUCUUAUCUUCCUUCUGUUAUGGCCACUGCAACAAUGUUGCAUAUUGUGAGCAAUGUGGAGCCCUGUCUCACAGUUGAAUACCAAGACCAACUUUUGGGCAUUCUUGGCAUCAACAAGGACAAAGUGGAGGAUUGCUUGAGGCUAAUCUCAGAAGUGGCAUCAAACUUGAACUUCUACUCAUCCAACAAACGAAAGUUCAGAUCUUUGCCCGGAAGUCCAAAAGGGGUGAUGGAUCUGUCAUUCAGCUCAGAGAGUUCCAACGAUUCAUGGUCAUUUGCAGCAUCAUCAGUUUCGUCAUCACCAGAGCCAUUAUCUAAGAAGAACAGAGGUUCAAAAUGAAGACUUAAAACUAGAAUGAUGGUUUUUUUUUUUUGGCCUGAUGUCAACAACCAUGGAAGCAAAUCUUUUCCAGAUAUCGACCCUUCGCCGUCCCCCUGAAUGGAUCCACACAAAAAAUUCUCCACCCUGAAGGCCUCUGGACCAUUGACGAGUCUCUCUCUAAUAGUCUAAUCUCUAUAAUCAUCAAUAAUCAAAAUUUUUUUCCCCUUUAAUGUUAAAUUGCUCACCAUCUCUAUGGUUAAUUCUUAGCCUCUGGAAGUAGAGAUGGUGAGCAUUUUAUCCGGAUGGAGACCAAAUGUCAAUUGUCAAAAAGUACUUGAAAAGAAACUGUUUAUCAGAGAGACUAGAAACAAGGGAAAACGAAGGAAUGGGAAACCAUUAUCUCUCCAAUUCAAAGUUAAUUUCAUUUCAUUCGUAAAAUGCUCUCAUGAACACAUCAAAUCAGCGGCAUCAUGAAUAAUAAUUGUAAAAAUUCAAACAUCAUACUAUUUCGCUUUUUUUUUUUGGCUUGAUGCAUCAUGGCUGGUCAUCAUGGAAGUCUUUUAAUACAAAAGAUUUGAUGGAAAUCUACUGCGAUUCUUUCAACAUGGAGGAGAAGGACGGGUGUCUGCAAGAAAGAAAAAUAAAUAAAUAAAUAAAUGAGAGGGAAAGAAGGUGAAAUUUUGUUUUGAUAUGUGGAAUGAUAGACAAGCACGUUGUCGGCCAUUGGCCAUUUUCUCGAGGUUAGAUUUGCAAUUGCUAUUGCUAUCAUAUGGUUUGGUUUGACCUCCUUACAGUGGUUUUUUUCUUUUGAUUACCUGCGACUGCGAUAUUAUAGAGACGGGUUUGAAAAUUUAGGAGGAAUGAAUGUGAUUGGAGUGAGUAAUUUCGCAAUCUCAUAAUUUGAAUGGACCAUUCUUCCAAUGUAUAUGCAUGGGAAUAUUAUUCGAAUUUGAUAAGCUAUCUUGAUUACAUUGCGACUUAUAAACAGUCGAAG